GCAGGAGGCACAGCCUACCCUGAUCGAGAGGUUUGAUAUCAAGGAGGAUAACAUACUGAUAAAGGACCAAAGUGCGAGGAAUAUUGAUCAAACAAUGCUUCACAGCAACUUUGAUGUUUGUUACCUGUUCUCACUAUAUCAUGUCGGACAUUCGGCUGAUCCAACAUGCGGCAGGGCGGAAUUUUCAUCGGAAUUGUCCUUCCAAUUUUUUGUUGUACUGUUGUUGUAAGAGUUUAGCUUUGUGAUUUUUCCGUGUUGAUCAUCGAGGUCUUCAUCCUCCGUUGCCAUGUACAUUCCCUGGACAACCCGAGCAUCCCUGGAUGCGAACAAGCUCUUGUUGUUGACCCUUAUUCUUUUACUUUCUUUCAACCCUUGCCAGUGCUUCGUGCUGCACCCAGCGGCAGCCAAACUUUCUUCUCAUCGACCUCGUCUGAGGAGUCCAGUUCCUCCGGCUCUCGGAUUCGCCAGGAGGAGGAGGCAGGCGGCUCGCAUGCAGGGCAGUGGACUGGACGAGCUUAUCGGCAACUUGCACUCGUCCCUUCCGUCAACGGGGGGGGCUCACAGCGAGCAUGCUAGCCACCAUGUCGAGUUUCUGAACCCUUUCCUCAAGGCGAUCAUCGGGACCUCAGCGGGCUGGGGCCUCAUCCUUAUUUCAGCCAUCCUCCUCCUGACCAACGUCUUCGACAUGUUCAAG